AAAACCGCGCGAAUUCCGCUAUUUACAGAUCUCUUAAUUUCCUGUGAUUAAUACGAUAGUUUGUUGUUUAAUUAUUGUGCUAAAAUACAAUGAAGUCUAGUUAGUGACCUGUGACACUAAAUUGUUCACGUGUGAAUUUAUUUUCGUUCGCAUAACCUGGUUAUACGACAUAAACCACGAUGGGGGUUUUCCAUGUUAUUUCUACAGAAAGAUAUUGAUUUACGUUAACAAUGUGUCGCUUAGGGUUCAUGAAAGAUUAAUAACAGAAAACUUCAGGAUAAAUUCCGGUAACAACGCAACAAAACGUAAACAGGAAGAAGCAUUCUCGCACAACUACAAAAAGAAGAUGUACCCCCACUCGCUUAGCUUCGACCAAAGUCCUGGCCCCUCGAAGCGCAGGAUCCUCUCAGACAUACAAAACUCUAUACUCAGCUCACCAAUUAACUACAAACCUACUUCACCUCUGAUAGAAAGAUUAAAGUCACCAGAGACCAGAAACUCACCUCUAAAAACCAUGACAAACUCACCAAAAUCCCAGAGAUUAACUCUCACUCCGAAAACUUCACAAGAAACACCAAAAAUCAGACAUACGCCAGUCACACCCAAAGUAAGAUCACCGCUAUCAUAUGAAAUAGCUGAGAACAUUCUGGAUAGGCCUUCACCCCUUACUAGUCGGAGUCUGAGAGGCACAUUAAAGAUUAAAGAAGUAUUAGAAGAUAGAUCUUGGUAUAAACGAUCCAACAAGGAGAACUGUGAGCCAAUGAUGGCAGAAACUUUCAUGAAAUUUGAUAAUGAAGAAGAUGCGAGAGACUGUUCGUUUGGUGGAAGCUUCAACAACUCAGGGGAGACGAGUUGGGGUAAUGCUAAGUUGGACUUCACCAAUUUGCAGUCAUCCUUCCAAACGGAAAUAAAAGAUACAUUCGUACCUCAAAAAGAUGCGGAACCAGUUGAGGAAUUGGAUAUUUUACAAGAUUUAGAACAAGAAUUUGACUCUGAUAAUUUUGAUACGUGCACGAAAUACGAAAUAAUAUCGACUGACAGUCCCGAUAUUAUAUCCAGAGGGCGGGUGUCCAGCGCCAGGAAGGUCACCGCCCGGAAUUUUGUGUUCGGUGCUCCCCUAGCUGAAAACGAACCUUCCACAUCCUUCAACCGUUCCAAUUCAGCCAACAGAAUGCUCAAUUUUGACGACGAAGACUUCGAAUUCACCUCACCGGCUUUAGGAAAGAGAGUAUCAGUGAAGAAAUCUUUAAAAUUCACAGAAACUACGACAAAUAAUCCACUGAAACAUGAGAUAAGCGAUUCUAGUGUUAGUACUAACGGCUCUCCCACUAAACUAAGGCUAUACACAUCCGAGUCCACCACCUCGAUGGAGAGCGGCUUUGUUUCAGAACUAGAAGAACCGUUCCUCGAGAUUGAAGAGUCCAAUUCACCAAAGCUAGCUAAUAUCACUGAUUUAUUAUCUGGACAGAUAAAGAACAAUAUUGUUAUGACAAAGAAAAUUAAUUUGAGCAGGAGUUUGAGUUUUAAUCCAGAAAGAGCUUCUCUCUUUUCCAUCAAAGAGAGUCCCGAAAAGCGAUGUAGGAUAUUGGAGGAGAGCGAAACUGACUCUGCCUGUAAAAGAAGGAAGGAAGAUUUAAACAACAGUGGAAAGAUCCAGAGACCCAUAUUACAAAGAGCUUUCUCUGAAAAUAAUGCGUCGAUAAUGUCUGCUUUAGCGAGAUCUGCCAUAGAACCAGAUCUAAUAGGAGAUUUCAGUCAGCCAUUUGCUCUGCCACUCAUCAGCGGAGAUCAUUCAGAUCUGAAGAGCAUAUCCUGUGAUACGUUGGCUGAACUGAUCCGAGGAGCUUACCAGAGCAGCAUCAGCGAUUACCAAGUGAUCGACUGCCGCUACCCGUACGAGUUCGCGGGCGGACACGUGGCCGGCGCACACAACCUGUUCACCCCCGCGCACAUCCUCGCCCUCGUCCACGAGCCGCUGUCCCCGAGGAAAUCCGACGGGAAGCGGAGCAUCCUGGUCUUCCACUGCGAAUUCUCAUUGGAACGGGGACCUAAACUGUCCCGCUUCCUGCGCUCGUCGGACCGCGAGAGCAACAAGGAGCGCUACCCGGCGCUGCGCUUCCCCGAGGUGUACCUGCUGCACGAGGGCUACCGGCGCUUCUACCAGAAGUACCCCGAGCUGUGCUCCCCCACCGGCUACACGGCCAUGCUCGACCCCAAGCACAGGCACCUGCUGAGGAAGCACCGCUCCGUCACCCAGCCCUCGUCCUCCGCGCACCACAGGAGGAACAGGCUGCUGCUCUGAUGUCCGACCUCAAACACUUGUAAACUAAUUUUGGUAUGUUGCAAUGCUAAUUGGAUCCUCGUCUACUGUGUACCCGCAGCAGAUAAAACUCGAGGAUGUUGAGGUCCGACCUCAAUGAAUUUGUGUUCUGGUAUAUUGCAAUGCGGUUCGAGCUAUGUAACCUGUUGUGUUCGAAUAGAAUAAUUAAUUGUAUCACGUCUCAUUUGGGGCAAUAUUACUGGACGUGAUCUAAGAUAUGCUUAGGAUCAGGGUCAACGGUGACCACUUAUCGUCAGAAGAGUACUGAACCAUUAACAUAGUAUAGUAUUGACUUAAUGCAUUUAUGAAUAGAGACUGCGCGUGUUCAGGAACCUUACCUUGGGGAUAAUUCAAACAGUAAACUAAUUGUUCGGCUUCGCGUUCACGCAGUUCCCUCGACCUCAAGCCGGUGUCUCACGUGAGACGGACGACGGCCCCCGCGUCCCUGGAGGAGACCGCCUUCUCUUGCCAGGGGUCUUCGUUUAAAUCCAUUUAAUGUCAAUGACAAGAAAGACACCCAGACCCCCUAAGAAGGACAAGAAAGAGUGCGAACAUAUCUCUGUUUCUCUCGGUUCAACGAUGACGUCACUAACCGCUAUGUGCAAUUAUCGUCUAAAGCGAAAUUUUAUAAGACGCAAUUACUAUUGGUGCUGUGAGCCCGCACGGGGGACCGCCGCGGGGCAUGGGGUUGCGGGGAGGGACGUCCGGUGGGGGUCUGGAGGUCUCCGUCUCAUCCGUCGUACUCUCAACACAGAAGACGACCGUUGGAAGACUUCGUCUCAAAGUGGUGACUGCGAACGCGUCGGAAGGUUCCGUCGAAACCACAAUAUUAUUAUGUAUUGUACUAAAUAAAUAUAUCUUUAAGUAGUUUGUACAUAAGAACUUUAUCAUGCCAUAUUAUUUUUUAAGAAUUAAGUUAUUAUUAGUACAAAAAGAGAGAGUUCGUAAUUCGUUAAGUUCUUACACGAAUUUUUUUGGUUUGUUUAGACUAAAAACUAAAUUUGAAUGCCAUUUUAAUUAAAUUAGGAACAAAGUUAUCUUGCAAUUGUCACGUCGGUAAGAGGUUGGUGACGUGACGUCCACACACGGGCACGGCCGGAGAGCGGCUGUCAAAUGUUGUCACAUGUUGAUGACAGUUGCCAGCAGUUGUCACUUGUUGUUGACGGUUGUCAUGGGUUAUCAAAUGUUGAUAGCGGUUGUCACAUGUUGAUGACGGUUGCCAGCGGUUGUCCCAUGCUGAUGACGGUUGCCAGCGGCUGUCACAUCUUGAUGACGGUUGCCAGCGGAUGUCACAUCUUGAUGACCGUUGCCAGCGGUUGUCACAUGCUGAUGACGGUUGCCAGCGGUUGUCGGACAGAGGCAGUGUUGUUCUGUCGACGAAUCUCGAAUCCUCACUGAUCACUGCUAUAUAUACAUACAUCAACUUUUAUACGCUUAUUACCUUAAUUUGUAAAUAAAUGAGAUUGAUAAAUAUAAAAUAAUGGAUUCUUCAUAAAAACAAGAAAGUAAGAAAUAUAUUGUUUUGUCUCUGGUGAUGCGUCAGUAUGUCGCGUGGAUGUCGCUCAUCGUCGUUCGGGCUGUCUGCCAUCCGAAAAAUUACAUUUGCAACUGAAUAUCAAGAGGAGAGCGUUUCUCUAUUAGUUCGCUCCGAAAGUUUCCUUAGUGUAAAUAAAUUAUUCAAUUUCAAAUGUAGUUGUGACGACAACUUAUCGCGUUUAAGUAUGGAUGUAGUGUUUAUAAGUUCAUAAAUAAAAUUAUA